UGUGGUUGUUCUGAAUCUGUUAUUCAGGAUGUUCAGGUCGUGUCAGCGCCGACGGAGGACGAGCGCAGGCCUGGGAGUGGACGGCAGGCGGAGCACCAGCGGCGGGGCGGAUCUAGCGGUCGAGCAGAGGAGAUGGAUUGGGAGGGGAGGGCCGCCUUCACAUCCGCGUGGGUGCUCCCUGUCGAUCACCCCCUAGUGCGCCGGGUUCGGCCUGCGACCACCGAGGCUCGAGCUGCUGCGCUCCGAGAUCUCCUGGUGCUUUGGAGCAGCCGCGGGGCAGAGACACCAAGGUCUAGACCUCCACAACCAUACGCCGUGGCUGAAGCUCCUUUUGUUGACAUGCAAUUUCGAGAUGUUCUCGUGGAGCUUCAUAUCUAUAUUGGUGAAGGCAGGGCAGAAGGCAUUGGAUUUAAGCUGUCUGUACCAAUAAACCCCAAUGAUAAGUCUUCUUUGAGGAGAUUCCCUUGAGCUUUCUAAUAUUCUGUAAGCCCUAGUGGUUUUGUAUAAUGCUUGUGAAUUUGUGGAUUAAGCAUUGAUUUUACUGUUGUCCACAUCAUAUAUUCUCACUGUUGUUUUCAGUUGCCAACUUGUCUUUGCCUCAUAUAUUGUUGCUGAAUUUCUAAAUAUCGUUCUCUAAUUCUUCUGUUAGUUUCUUAGGCUUCUUGAUGUACUUGUUACAUUAACUUUGUAUGUUAAAUCUGCAUUCUGUAACCCAUGAGGCGUGAUGAUACCUUUGUAGAAAAUGUAUCCUAACUUUCAGGACAGAUUGGCAUAUAGUGCGAUUGCUCCUGUUAUAUACCUGAGCUAUUACCUAAUGGCUGUUAUCAAUAAGUGUGCAGUUCAUUUCUCUUUCUUAGCUUGCUAGCUGCUUCUAAAUUAUGUAAUUUAGUGAUAUUUUCGCUCUUGUUUUGUUCUUAGUUGUCCAGUUUAAUAAUAUAUCUCUCCAUAUGUUAUUUGACUUAUCUUGCCUGUAUAAUCCUGUUAACAUAGUUCACAUCCUUAUUUCUUUCCCCUCUCUUUUUCUUCUGUGCUCCCUAAGCACCUGGCAGUGUCCAAAUUUUAUGCGCUUAGUUCGGAACUGUAAAAGUUCCUUUCCUUGUUUCUUCUUUUCUCCGGAGGCUGCAGCUUUUGUACUUCGUAGUGUAGGCUUACAUUUUGCAGCUUUUGUACUUCAUAAUUUAGGCCAUGGUUAAGAAAGGUGCGCCUACAUCUAGGUGACAUAGCACUUAGUUGUGCUACGCAUGCCCUUAGGCAGGAUAGGAGUUAGGCCAAGGCAAAAUUAGGAAUUUAUGCCCAGCGGUUUUUUGAACCUUUGUUUUGUCAUAUGUUUUUGUGGAGGCAGUGAAUAUCUUAGCCAAGCUCUGCUCAACAUCGUGUGGCAUACAUUAGAUAUUUUACCUUCUAUAAAUAUUACCUGAGAAGAUUUAUUAUGUCCACUGUCUGUGAUUUUGUCAUUCUAUUGUGGAGCCUUCUUGUGUGAGCUCUGUUUUAAGAGUCCAUUGCAUGUCAUUCUCUGUGCCACUUUAAUUUCUUUUUAGUUCUAUCAGCUAAGGUGAUGAGAACAUUAAUCUGACAUGACACUUUUUCUUUGUACCAGUUCUCACUCAGAUAAUGAUAAACAAAGGAAACAGCUUGAUGCAGUCAAAUUUAUCCAAGCUCUUUAUUUAGCGCACAAAUAUCAAUCUGUUACGAACACUACGUAUGCAAGACCAUAUGAACAGUUGUUUCUUAAAAUGCUUUGGCAAGAUGCGGGUUACGCAAAAGAGCCUACAUUACUCGGAGCAUUGCAGGAGUUCAUGAAAGAAGAUAAGCUAUAAGAAGUGCCUAUUUUGGAAGAAAAACUUCACAACCAAAUGGCACAGUUGGAUCUGCAAAGUGGAGAGAAAAAGCAAAGCAAUCAGCGCUGCAGCUGCUCAUGAUGUUAGUAAGAACAUUCUCGACUUUCAGCAAGUGUUACGGCCAUUCGGUUGUUUUUCCGAGAAAAAGGUACAGCCACUCGGUUGGAACAUUGAGUCAUCAGCUCAUGUCAAGGCAGAGCAUCACUAGAGUAAGAGUUCCAAAUCUGAACCAAGUUUCGGCUUCAAGCCAUAACAUACUUUCAGGUAUUGGUAUCGCUGUCAAUCCAUCGCUACUUCUGCCUGGAACCAGUGCCCUGUUGGCACCCAGAAUCAGGCCCUGGUUGCAACAUGUGUUCAAACUCAAUACAGUGGCAAGUGAUUUGAAUGGACCAAGUGAGAGCACAUGUUCAAGGUUAAAGCUCUUUUCUGAAUAUCAUCCCCUUGUGUCGAUCUCUUGUGUCAUUACAGUACCAAGUGAUUCGAAUGCUUGAACUUGGCAGCCAACCUGACAAGAACUGUAAAAUGUGUGUUCAUUUGUGAGACAUACAGGUGAAAUAGGCCUUGUAACAUGCAAGUUAAAAGAAGAUACUAUCAGAACUGAAAAAUAUCAGCCAUGCAAACGGGGCGCAAAUGUGCUACGCAUUCAAAUCAUUCGCUGAGAGCACGUAUUAUCCUGUACAGGCAUCAACAAGCAUAGGACGCUAAGUUGCAGAUGUUAAUCCUCCCCCCUCCCCCAAGCACUAGGAAACACAAGAGAGAGGCAGCGGGGCGGUCACAAAGUAGGAGCACUUCAUUAGUUACCGGAGCUUGCAUUGCUUUAGGGAUUGAGGAUCUCCCAGACAGUCCUCGUCACCAGCCUUGCGUUUGGGUGUUCCAGGACGUUGGCCGGCAGCUGUUGAAUCAUGUACGCCAGGGUCCGCGUCGUCGCCGGCAAACGCUGAAAAUGACAGAGACACCCACCCUGUUGGCCCAAAGGAAUUGUAUGCAUAGCAUAGCCAAACGAAUGUACGUAUACGAGAUGGUAGGUUAACACUUACUGUCAUGCCUAUCUGAAGUAGCUUUUGAAUUGCAUACUUGCUGAAUUCACCGUGCACCAGCUCAGCCAGUUUGGCAGCCUCCAGGUGGAUGAAGAAGUUGAGGACGCUGCACAAGAACUCGUCGCUUCCGUGCUCUGUAACAUGCUGCAGCAGGUAGUUGCUGCGCAGAGGUGACAAGAGUUUUUUCACCAGUCAUUACGAUUUCAGUGACUUAUAAUUCUGUUUUACUCAAGCCAUCAGUUUAGUGGGACAAACCUGUAUUUUCCUUGGCAUAUAUCUCCUAUCUCAUUGAUGAUGGACAACUCCAGGCCCUCGCAUUCGUCGCCUUUGGCGUAGGUCGAGCACAAAGCUAGGCAUGAGGAGCCAAAUCGCCUCUUUUUGAAAUAUAUUCAGGUGGGGAGCCUUUCCCCCCCGGUGACCAUUUCAAAAAAAAAAAAUCGCGAACGGUGCAUAUUCUUCUUCAUGUCAGAGAUGGCAUGCUGUAUCAAAGCCUGGACAGGAACACAUAAUCAGCAAAGGUACAUGGGAAGAAAGUAUGACAGUUGUGAAGGAACGUAUCACUGGGCAGGACUGCAGGAAUGCGCUUGUUUGCGUCAAGCUGUUUGGCGAUUUGCAAAUUUGCCGUUGUGGUUGCUGUGGAAAUGUGAAGCAGCUGGGUUCUCUGAAGCUACGGCGCACAGAGUCCGGGGAAGUGCAAAUACCUCUAACCAUGGAGGGGGUCCAGAUGUUUGCUGAACAUGGUCUCCCAUGUUGUUUCAUUUAAUUUAUAGGAUCGAUACUAGAUUAUCUGGUUGUUACAGUUCCUCUGCCUAGUUUGAUAGUUUCUCAAUGAAACAUUGAACCUAUGUCCAUGAAUGUUAUUAUUUUAAUCGAAAUAUGUAUAUGGCAACUGUGUGG